AAACCUUGGGCCACUGAAGCAGAGCGCAGGAACUUAACCACUCAGCCACGGGACCAGCCCGUAAAAAUCUUUAUUAAGCUGGUAAACUCCCCAUCCCACAAGUAGCCAUAAAGGCAAGAGUACUAGCUCCAAAGUAACUUUUUUUUGUCCUUAGCUGAUUUUAUCCAGCGGCAAUGUGAGAAGGAGUGUUCUAAGAAGACGCUGGUCAAGACCCCGAACGUGGGAGGUACUGGUUUCCAUAUCAAUUGACGGUGACUACAAACACGACUUAAGUCCGUAAGUCCCAACGGCUAGGUGGCGUGCCGGAACCAAACCGCGGAUACUCGAAUUUCCGGGCGGACGUGGGCGGAGGUUACGAUGGAUCGAUUGCUUUCGCCUGGCGGAGGCCUAUCAGGAGAGAACCAUGCACGAAGAGGUCAAGAAAGGGAGGUGAGUCUCGGACGUCCUUGCCUGGCCUAGAGUUUGAGCCGCUGAGGUCGGGGAGGCCGCGCUGGGCGCGUUUGGCGGCUUGUCCGAGCGGGUCGGAGAGUUCACUCAUGUUUCCACACGCGGUGAUGCGCGCCCUGCGCAAGAACAAGACCCUUCGCUACGGAGUCCCCAUGUUGUUGCUGAUUGUUGGAGGUUCCUUUGGUCUUCGUGAGUUUUCACAAAUCCGUUAUGAUGCUGUGAAGAUUAAAAUUGAUCCUGAAUUAGAAAAAAAACUGAAAAUGAAUAAAAUAUCGUUGGAAUCAGAGUAUGAGAAAAUAAAGGACUCUGCUUUUGAUGACUGGAAGAAUAUUCGAGGACCCAGGCCUUGGGAAGAUCCUGACUUCCUCCAAGGACGAAAUCCAGAAAUCCUUAAGACUAAGACAACUUGACUAUGCUGAUCCUUUUUUUCUUUUUUUUAAUAAAAGUGUUCUCAACUGGAAUUCCCAUUACAUGCUCCUAUCAUGUAAGGAUGGGAAGUAAAAUGGGAAGAAAAUUUCAGACCUGCAGAAGCCUGGAUGUGAGUAAUUUGAUGUCAGAUGAUCUUGAUAAAAAGUCAAGUACUGGUUUUUAUACGUCCCAACUUUUCCAUUUGCAAAUGAAAAUAAUGAUGUUGACUACAUAUACUUUAUACUGCUGAAUAAAAACGUGAAUACUGCUA